AUGCUGAUCAGCUUCGAUGUUGUCUCUCUAUUUACAAAGGUACCCGUGGACGAAUCCAUAGAAUUAGUGGCGGAGCUAUUUGAAGAGAGUACAACAAAUCUGUUCAAGGCUUGUCUGAAGGGCAGCUACUUCCUGUGGAAUGGAGAUUACUACGAACAAAAGGAAGAAUUUGAGGAAACAGUGCUGAGCACCGCACCCCUUAAACCAACGAUCUGGUACCGAUAUGUCGAUGACACGUUCGUGCUAUGGAGGCAUGGACGCAAAAACCUGGACAUCUUCCUCGACCACCUAAACAAACAGCAGCCAGACAUCCAAUUUACCAUGGAAGUUGAACAAAACCACCAACUGGCCUUCCUGGAUGUUUUGGUGUCUAGGUUGGGUAAUCGUUUGGACCACAAGGUAUAUCGAAAAGCCACCCACACAGACAGAUAUAUUCACAAGCUAUCUAACCACCAUCCGAGUCAGAAGCACGGAAUCAUUAAAACUCUUUCAUAA